AUUUGAUAUAACCUAGCGUAGUUACUUUUGUUGACAUUCUAUUUUUAAUUAAUACAAUCCACUUUAAAACAAAUAUGCCAUCGAAGAAGAAAAAAUACAAUGCACGAUUUCCGGCUGGUAGAAUAAAAAAAAUCAUGCAAACAGAUGAGGAGGUAGGAAAAGUGGCACAAGCAGUACCAGUUAUAAUUUCUAGAACAUUGGAACUGUUCGUAGAAUCGUUACUUACGAAAUCCAUGCAAAUAACGCAAUCGAGGAACGCCAAAACCCUGACUCCGUCCCACAUGAAGCAGUGCAUAUUGGCAGAAAGCCGUUUCGAUUUCCUAAAAGACUUAGUGAAAGAUAUCCCGGACGCCAGCGUGCAAGAAGAUAAUGAAAACAACGCCAUGUUCGAUGAAAGUAGCGUAAAACAAGAGGACGAGUCGUUGAAAGAUCCCAUUGAAAAUCCGGUUAAAGAACCGCAUUCGAGUAAAUCGAAACAAUCUAGACGAAAUGCUAACGUUCCCCACACCGAAGUACACCCAUUACCGACUAUAAACAUAAAUUAUAGCGAGCAAAGUACCAGCAGAACGCCUGUUAUCCAGUACUCGCCUAGAAUUGGCGCAGAGAGUAGUAAAUUGAAUUUCUCCGUAAAUAGUCUGCUGAAGACUGAAGAACCCAAAUUGCACAUUACCAUAGCAUCUGAAGAAUUACAAAUAACUAAAGUACCGCCGGGAAAACCGCCUUCAAAUAGUUUACCACCGAGAGUUCAUUCUAGUGACACCGUGCCCCCUUUGGUGCCCAUUACACGAUUAACUCAGAGCUCAGAGAAUAAUUUGUAUAUCGAUGAUGAUUACGACAACUGAAUAAGGUCUUGAGAUACUUGCCUUUUGAAGUACACACAUAGAUUUGUGAAAUGGAUUUACAUUUUCAAAAUAAAACUUGUAGCGCCACUUUUUGAAUGUCGUAACAUUAAUAAAUGUUCUGAAUGUGUAUUGUAGAUCUGGCUCAAUGUGAAAAGUAAAAUUCAAAUUUCUGAUUCAAAAUAUUUCACGAGAUUCGUUCAUUUUUUAUAUUGUAAUAAAAUUUAAUAUACUAGACUUAUAGGAUAUUGAUUAUUUUACGUUUUAUUCAUUUUGAGCUGAUUAAUAAAAAUUGUA